AUGGCGAACUACUCUGAGAGUCAAUCGGUUCUGCAGUCGCGAUUGAGUGUCGUGGGUUUCGCGGAAGAUGACGUUCAGAAAAUCCUGCCAGAGGUGGGAAACUUGAGGAGGCUGGCAUUCAUUUCUUCUUUCACACCUGGUCAGACUGACGAGGGUCCGUUGAUGCAGGUGUUGAAAGAUAUUUUGAAGCGAGACCUGACAAUUGCAGACAAGGCUAAUUGGCGUGCGGUUUACAAUGAAGCUUUUGCCAUUGUGACCGCGGAAAUGAAGCAGAGGAUUGAGAAGGCCGACCCAGAGUCGACCGUCAGGCCUUUGUCUCAGCCUGAGAGGUCGGAGCGGUACGAGCGGCAGGCCAAGAAGCUUGUCGGGAUAUCACUUAAAGGGCCUCUGGAGCCUGCCGAUGCACUUGUUGAUCUUGCUGUGGCUUCCUAUGAGGCAAAUGAGCUGAGGUACAUUCCGUGGGACCGGUGUGUGUCUAAGGAAGCUGAAUUGGCUGGCGAGAAGAAACGUGAUGUCAGGUUCACUGUUGAGGAGUCUUCGGGAAAGCUUCGGAUCGAGCAUAAACAGCCUGAUCUGGUUGCGGAUACCUCAUCGGAGAUUCUUGUUCAGCAGGCUCUCACCAGGAGAGCUUUGGCCAUGGAUCAGGCGAACCUGAUCGAGUUCAGUGUUGCUGAUCAGUGGACUCAACGCUUGAUGAAGGCUCGCAUGCAAUCGCCUGCGGAGCAUUUUGCCAGGCCCACUUGGAAGCAGCUUGAGUCGGCGGACCGGCAGCUGUUUGCCGAGCUACGUGACAAGACCAGGGCAGGUGUGCAGACUGUCGCAUCGGGUCGCCCGUUGGACUCUCUCCUGCCCGAUGCGAUGUACAUGAACGAGGUGUCAUGCCUAUUGCAGCCUUUUCCAGCCCCUUCCAUGAAGGACGCUCCCCAGAAGCCGGAUGCUCCCAAGUGGGAGAGGCCUUCUCCUUACACCAAAGGUGGGGGCAAAGGAAAGAAAGGUAAGCAGAGGUUCAUGACAAGGUUGCCCGCUGGCUUGGAAGGCUGCAGGUCCCACACUAAUCGAGGGGAUCCAAUAUGCUUUGCCUUCAACCUGGGUGGCUGCUCGACGAAGGGGCAGAAGUGCGAGAAAGGCUUGCACAUCUGUGCAGGUGCCUCGCUGAUGGCCGGUGCUCCAGAGAGUGUGCAUCAGCCGGCAGCGGAGGCCUCGCAGGUGGAUGAUCUCCUAGCGGGAGUUCAUCGGCCGAAAGAUGCAUGCACGGGUGGCUGUCCAACGAAAGGUGUGGAUUGUCGCCCAACUCCGAGUGUUGAUCGAGAGGAUCAUCACGAUCACAACGUUGGCUCGUACAGUGCCAUCGCUAGGCCUUCGCCGAGUGUGGUGGAGGCCGCACGCAGCAGGUCCCCAAAGCACCGUGAUGGGGCGGGGCCACAGAGCGGCAAAGCGAGUUCUUCACUUGACGAGGGUCACGUGAGUGCUGCUGAUGUCCUUCGAGUCUUCGAUGGUCUUCCUUCAGAUGAUUUGAAAAGGGGUGCCAGUGCUCCUCUCCCAACUUCAAAGUCUUAUGCCACAGGAGCGUAUGUUCUUGGGGGCAAUGUUGGCUUGAAGGCUAAUGCCUCAACCAGCCCAGAAGCGCUCGACAUCUUUGCAAGGUUUGUGAGGCAGAGCGUUCCGGGGUUCAAAUUUUCUUCAAUAAAUAUAUUCGAGGAUGUUCGCACUGAGCGUCACCGCGAUCAGUGGAAUGCAAAUUUGCAUAACCUGGCGAUUGCCCUAACAGAAUUUUCAGGUGGCGCCAUCUUUGUGGAGCACGAAGAUGGCCGGGAUGUUUCGUCCCUCAAUGGUGCCCAGGGUUCUCGCCUGGCUGUUGCAGCGGGCCCCGUGCGAUUCAAUGCAAGGCAUUAUUGGCACUACACUGAGGCUUGGAACAUCUUGAUUUUCUCCGGAGGUGCAAUGUCGAUGUUCCGACACGCGGUGCACAUCCACCUGGUCCCGGUGGACAUCGCCUCUUUCGACGCAGUGCAAACCCUUCGCCUCGCCAAGCUCUUGCUCGCGUCUGACUUGCAUUGGAGUAUCUUGCAUCCCCUGGCGUCGGCCCUCUGGGGCCAGCUGGACUUGCCUGAUGCGGUGCACUGCCUCGAAUUUUGUGCCGGCUGCUACGGGGCUCCCAGCCCGGUAAAGAUGCGCAUGUGUACAACACAGCCCGCGCUGGCGGGCAUGCCCAUACCAGUGUGCCGCUGUCGCCAAAUGCCCCAUGUUGCGGGCUCGCUUGCGCCAGAUUCCUUGUACACACCGAAAUUCUGCGACGUUUUCGCUGGCCUCUUGCAGCUGUCGGUAGGCCAUGCCGGCCUCUUACUUGAACACGCUGUUCCGCUGCAAUGCUCGCGUCAUUCUGCAGCCGCUGCCGCGGGGCGACAGCCUCGAUUGUCAAAAUUCCAGCCACAGAUCGCCGAAUUUAAGUGCCAAGCCACGGUCCGUGAAUUCCCGUGGCCUCUCCCUUUGGAUGAUAAAGGUAAUCUUAAAUGUGCCAUCGGGUCGAUCCCUCCUGGCUCCCGCCUUCUUCGCAUUGUGUGUGAUCGGGGGGUUGUCGGUGCGAAGCAGGUCGGAAGCCUGUCAGGUGUGCCUUCGUCAGUUACUUUUGGCAUUUACCGCACAGAACAUGAGUUUGUGGCGCAGGCGUUGCAUAUCGAUCAUCCCUUCGACUUGUGCGUGGCAGUCCCGGAUUUCAUGCUGAGAGCCUUGGCUUUUACCUUGAAAGAGGGUCCGGUUGGCGUGAUGAAACACCGUCUGAAUCUGCUCCAGCAGUGGACUUCUUGGAAGCGUGAGCUGUCAAGUGCCGAAGCCGAGCUUCAUGCUGCCAUGGAUCCUGGUGUGGCAUCUGUGAUGAAAGGCAAGAAUAUUUUGCUUCUGGAAAAGAUUGCUUCAACUUUCGGUUGGCCUGACACGGAAGUGUUUGAUCACCUUAAGCAUGGUUUUCCGUUGGUCGGGGAGUCGAGCCCUUCCGGCAUUUUCGAUGUAGACAGAAAGCCGGCUCUGAUGACGCGUGCAGAGCUUGUGCAGCAUGCCAAGUUUCUUAAGCCGGCGCUGUGGGCAAAGGUGGCGAGCGCAGAGGAGUGGCUGACGGGGCCUUACUCGUGGGACGAGCUGCAAGCCCGUCACCCCGAAGGAUGGCUUCCAGUGCGGAGGUUCGGCAUUGUGCAAAAGGCCAAGACGCGAUCGAUCGAUGACUUGGCCGAGAACUCGGUCAACCGCGCUUAUGCUGUCUCCGACCGGAUUGCUCUGAGAGCCCUUGAUGAACUGGUGUGGCUUGCGAUCACUCUUUUCAAAAUCUUCAUGGCGAAAGGCGAGGUGAGCAUUCCUUUGUCGGACGGUGAACAUCUUCGCUUUCCUGUGCAUUCCUUCUGGAGAGCCCUGAAGCCCGAGGCGCUUCAGCCGAGCUUGAAAACAGUGGAUUUGAAAAGUGCUUGUAAACAGUUGGCGGUCUCGCCACGAGAUCGUUGUCUGAGCAUAGUGACCAUCAAGGACCCGGUUUCGGGCCUUCCAUUCGGCUUCGAGAGCCGAACUCUUUUGUUUGGAGCCACCUCGUCGGUGGUUUCGUUCAACCGCGUUGCAAGGUUGAUCCAGAGGGUUCUGAUCACGUUGCAGGUGCUGGCCUGCAACUACUUUGAUGAUUACCCAGUGUUGGAGGUCUUGCCACUUUGCAACAACACGCAGUCGACCAUCAAGGCUGCUCUGGAUCUGCUGGGCUUCUCAUGGGCAGAGGACAAGGACCUUCCUUUCAGCCAUGAAGCCGAGCUGCUGGGCGUUAGGGUUGACCUAGGCACUUUCGGGGUAGUUAAGAUUGGGAAUAAGCCUGAUCGCGCUGCUUCCAUUGCCGCCGCGGUGGACUCCGUCUUGAGCGAGGGCCGUCUUGAUCCGAAGACCCUGCCUUCCUUGUUCGGUCGCAUCCAGUUUGCUGAAGGUCAGUUGCACGGGAGGCUGGGUAGAUUAGCCCUGGCCGACCUCAGAGAGUGGAUGAUGAGCUCUCAGGCUCAGGCCCUCGAUGCCACAGCUGUGCAGGCCCUUCGCCAUCUUAGGACCCGGGUUCUUGGGGGUACCCCUAGGAUAGUCCCGGCCUGUGUGGGGUCUCGCCGUUCCGUGAUUUUCACGGAUGGCGCUUACGAGCCGACGAAUGGUUCUUACCCUGCUACUGUCGGAGGGGUCUUGUACCAUUACGACAGCGGAGCGUGGUGCACUUCCUACUUUGCAUGUGCUAUCCCCUUGAGCGUUGUACGGAGCUGGGAGGCUCUCGGGAAAAGGCAUUUGAUAGGCCCAGUUGAGAUGUACGCAGUUGUAUGUGCGAGAGAAGCUUGGUCGAAGCACUUGAACAUGCAAAGGGUGACCAUGUAUGUGGAUCACUCCGGAGUGUUGGCCUCCUUGGUGAAAGGCUCUUCUAAAGACCCUUUAUGGAGGCAGCUCUUGCUGAUCUUUGAAAGUUGCGACGCUGAGGCGAUGCUCCCUUGGUUUAGCCGCGUUCCAAGUGCAAGCAAUCCGGCCGAUCCUCCUUCACGUGCCAAGGCGAUCUUUCCAGUCAGGGGGCAAGUGUGCAGAGUGUCGCCUCGAUGUCCGAUCAAUGGCAAUGCCACGAUUGAUCUCCUUCUUAAGUGA